UCCACUCCUUUCAGCGUUACACUCAGAGGGUGGAAGUGAAGAGCACUUACAGAUGAGAUUUUUAACUGCCUGUUGCAUGUCAUGGCAGCAUUUUAUCGGAUACUUCUCCUGCUAUCUGUGACUGUGGCCUCUGCGGCAACACGCAGAUCCCAGCGGACAAAGCGAGGGUUGCUUGAGUUGGCAGGAGCAAUCAAAUGCAGCACAGGGAGAUCUGCUUUGGCUUAUAUGAUCUACGGAUGCUAUUGUGGUCUGGGCGGCCAAGGCUGGCCCAAGGACAGGGCAGACUGGUGUUGCCACAGACAUGAUUGCUGUUAUGGAGAUGCAGAACGUCUUGGCUGCUAUACAAAAUUGAGCCAGUAUCGAUGGACAUGUGAGGACAAGACAGCUGAGUGUGAUGAUUUGAAGGACCAAUGUGAAAAGCUGCUGUGCAAGUGUGACAGAGAUGCUGCCAAAUGUUUGAGAAAAGCACCUUUCAUUCGGAAAUAUGCACUAUGGCCAGAUUUUCUAUGUGGCCACGACCAUCCUACAUGCAAUAUUUACUGACACAAUAAAUACAUCUUUAUGUGUCUUA